AUGUUACCAGCACCUAUUUCAAAGCAGUGCUUUGAUUCCAAGCAAGCCAUGCAAAAAUAAAAUUCGUAGUAAAGCAUGUAAACAAGUCAAAGGUAAAAUACUGUCACAGGCGCAGUAGCAUAGGGUAGUAACUCAAACUAAGCAGAACCAUCGUCAUCAUCAGCAGCUGGAACUUAGUAAACUGCAGUACUCCCUUAAGUACUAAAACAUGUUGAUAAUUACAUUGUUUUCAAUGAAAAAUUAGGAGGAGGAUAGUUUUCAUAAGUUUAUAAGGCGAUGGAUAAAAACGAUAAAACUCAUGAGUAGUAUUUUGCUGUAAAAAUAAUCCCUAUGUCCUCUACUCAAUAUUAAAAAUUUGCUAAUUAUAAUUAACUACUUUAAAAAGAAAUUGAGAUUUUGUUAAAGGCUAGACACUAAAACCUUAUUUGCAUGCACGAUUUAAAAUAAACUCCAAACAAUCUAUACCUAUUUUUAGAUUAUUGUAAUGGUGGAGACUUGCGCCAAUAUAUAGUUAAAAAGAAAAAUAGACUAGCAGAAGAGGAAGCUGUUGAGUUUUUUAAGUAGAUGUGUGCAGGAUAUUAAGCUUUGAAUGAAAAAAAAAUUAUUCACAGAGAUUUAAAACCAGAAAAUAUUUUAUUACAUGAUAAUAAAAUUAAAAUUGGUGAUUUUGGUUUUGCUCGUAUUGUCAACGAUCUAGACCAAGCUGUCAGAAUGACCUAAAAAUGUUCACCUUUGUAUGCUCCUCCUUAGAUCUUGCUAAAUGAAAAGUACUCUUCUAAGUGUGAUGUUUGGUCAAUGGGUUGUAUCUUCUUCGAAAUGUUGUAUGGAAAACCUCCUUUCACAGCUCAUUCUAUUAUUUCUCUUACAGAGAAUAUUAAAAAAAUGGUAGGAUCUGGCCCCUAUUAAUUACCAGCCUAUCCACCUAUUGCUUAAGAAGCGAAAGAUAUUUUAGUUAAAAUGCUUAUGUAUAAUGAAAAAGAUAGAAUCUCUUGGGAUGAAAUUUUUAAUCACCCUAUUUUGCAAAAACAUCUCUAAAAGAAAGUUGUAGAAAAUGUAUAAAUAGAACCUUCUACUAAUCCUUUAUAUUAAUCAAUUCGUAAAAAUCUUGACGCUGUUUGGGAAAAUGCUUUCAAACCUGUUCAACCAGCAUUACCUCCUAUUUAAACAAUCACAGCUGUUCCUGGUUCAAAUUAAACGCUUUUUAACAAUUUAGCUUAAGGAGUAUAAAAUGAUGAAAAUAAAUAAUUAAAUGGCUAAUAAGUUCAAGCUCUUUAAGCAGAAAAAAAUCCCUCUAAUAAUACUAUUAUUAAUUGUGGUCUUCUACCACCACAGCCUAAUACCAUAAAUGGAGUAGGUGUAGUUAAUACAGGAACAAUCACAGCCAUUUAGGGAACAACACUAAACAAAGCAAUUUCUUCUCCUUGCACAGAAGAAGAGAAAAAAAAUGUAACUCAACAAAAGCAGGAAAUUUAAAUAUAAAGGCACGAUAGAAGAUAUAGUCAAUAUGCACAAACAGUGGUACCUUCUUAACCUCCUAUCAUGUCUAACAACACAACUUACCUACCUGCAACCAAUACAGAUAGAAGUAAUCAUAACAGUAAUGGCUCAUAACAAAAUAAGGAAAACAUUUUAAAAAGAGCAAAUUCAAUAAAUAUCUUAGACAAUCGUUUUGAUUUCUAGCAAAAUAAAAAUCAUAGCAGCAACAAUAGCAAUACUAACUUUGAAACACCUUCUAAUAUUCCUCUAUCAGGAGCAGCAUAGACUGACCGUGAAAGAAGAAAAGAGUCAGGAAGAAGCCAUACAAUCAAUUACACAAGUAACGUGAAUAAUAAUCUCAAUUCUUUACCUUAAACAGGUUUUGAUUCAUAGUCAAACUCAGCCUUGUAAACACCUAAGUAGCCUUAUACUCCCUAAAAUAUGAAUUCCCUCAAUACAAAUAAUAAUUAAAAUACAAAUAGCAACAAUAGCAAUAAAUCAUUAACCAACACAAAUUCUUCAAACUCUACAAAUGAUGGAUAAACAACUAGUCUUAGCUAUCGUGAUAGAUCAAAUAACCAUAGUAAUACUCUUGUUGAAAAAUAUGGGAUUAAUUACAAGCCAAGCAAUCUGUAGUAAUAGUAGAAAGAAAAUAUGUAUCGCAAUGCAUAUGAAAAGGAAAAGGCUCUAAGCUUUCAUCAAACAGCUCCAUUGAGCAAUUUAUGGAACACUGUUACGACUCCUACUAAUGGAGGUGUAUAAAAUUUAAGCAAGUAAAAUAGUUAAGGUAAUCCAAGUGGCCAACUUUCAGCUAAAAAUGCUACUUAAACUAUUCCUUCCACACCUACCUCAAACUAAUAAAACUACUUUAUGGCUACUAACAUUCAAGUGACUUCAAAUUAUGGGGCUGCAAACUAAAACACGAUUACAAAUAAUAACUAAAAUUCAUUAAAAUAAUCCCCAGAAGAAAAAAAAUAGACAUUGAGCAGUAUAGCUAAUAAAGAUAAGGAAAUUAUUGCAAAAAUCGAAGAAAAUAAAGACCUCACUGAAAACGAAAAAUAUGUUCUUUAUAUGAAGUAAAUCAAAAUCAAAGAAGCUGAAAGAGCCUUUGUUAGUAAAAUUGAUAAUUUCUUUGCUUUUAUGAGAAAAAGAGCAUUGUUUGCCAAUGCCACUCUACUUAAUUUUUGGAAUAGCACUAGAUAAUUCAAAUUACCAUCAGAUUUUUAAUGCGCUAUUCUUUACUGCCUUUGUAGUUACUACUAUUACGGAUUAGAAUACUUAAGAAAAAUCCUAUUUAAGGAAACUGAAUAAAAAGUAAUUAAAAAAGACGGAUUUGAAGUUUACCAACGAAGCGCUGAAUUUUAACAAACAAAGGACAUAAUUAGCAGAGAUGUUCUUGAAGCUAAAUAACUUUUUACUGACAUUGAACCUUUCAUGAUAAAUGAAAUUUAGCUUUCCUAAUCACCAGAGGCUUAAGAAUUCAUCAAGUUUAUUUCCAGCAAAUCAAUUAAGCAUGAUGAAUAUAGAGUUAAAUUAUAAUAAAUAUUUUAUAAGUCUCUUUAAUUCAUAGAUUUGAACACAAUAGAUAGAACUGCUUCUAAGGGCAUACACAUGACUUAAAUAUUUACACACAUUGAGGACUUUAUCCCAUCUAAAUAAUAUAACGAAUUUGACUUCAACAAAUUUUAUGAUGAUCGUUUCAAUAACACAACAUUAGAAGAAUUCAAAGUCGCUAUCAAUAUCUUCAAUUAGAAGUACUAUGCAUUACCUAAUAUAAAAUGA